UUCAGACACAGACCUGAACAGACAACUUUCGAACGGCAGCAAUAAUGACAACAAAAUCAGAAAACGGUGCAUUGAAACUAUGCAAAAGAACUUACUUUAUGCGAACCGAAUCAGUGCCGACCCAAUCCGGCAUGCGCCAUGAGCUAGGAUCUGAAACAGCUGACGUCAUCCUGGAGUGCAUGAGCCCUGAAUGUCAAGCUUGGAUGGGGGUCGAUAGGAAACUGUUGGGUCCCUCUGCUUACUGCGUGGAUAGUGAAGAGUUGAAGUACAACAUACACGAGCACAUUUUGCAUCUUGGGCAAGAAGCGGAGAAUAUGCAGAAGCGAAGACGUAAACGUAAUGCUAAGAAAAGUAAACUUAGUGAGGAGCUGGAGUUUGCCAAAUUUGAAUGCCGGCAAAAGAUAGAAAUUGCACGUGACGAGGAAAGGAAACGGAUGAAUCUGUUACUGGAAGCAGCAAAAUGUGAACUACAAGAAAAAUUUCAAAAAAUGAAGGUAGAACUCGGAGAGGAUUACCGUAAAGGCAGGCGAGAAAUGGGCCAAUUUAUGUGUAGAAACUUUAGAAAUCAAGCGAGGGAACUCAUUGCACAUAUUGCUCAACAAUACAGGCAGGAACUAAAUAGAGAAGUAAAUGCAAGGGUUGACCGCGAAUUUCAACGCAUUUCAAAUCAGUUAGAUGAAAUUAUACAAGAUGCUGUAGAUCAUCAAAAAACUAUGGAUGAGCGAGCGAUGCGAAAAAUGUGCUACCGGUAUGAAGAACUUUUGCGCAAUGUACAACAUCGUGAAGCUUGCCACCAGCUCUCCACACUAGCACAAAAAAUAUGUUCCGAGUGGAUUGAGCUGUCGAAGCGCAAAACUAACCCGGAUAUUUCCUGCCAGACUUCAUUUGUCCUAACGGAACCUAAUGCAGAAUCCGAAAUGACAGACAGCAAUGAAUAUUUCGAAGGUCCAAGUGAUUUGUUGGAAACUGAUGACAUAUUUAUUAUAGAAUCUUGUUUCAUGAGGCCUGGCCCUAGUCCGGUGUAUAGCUUUGCAUCCAGUUCUUUGGAAGAUGAUGCAGUACAGUCGUCAUCUACUUUGGAGGCGCUGACCUUUGAAGGGAACGUUUAUGCCCAACCGAAGUACUACCAAAAGUUCUACGAUCAAUUGUUUCCCACACCUAUGGCGACGUGGGAGAGAAAGGCAAUGGAGCUUGACAAAAAAUCUCAGUCAUCUAUGGGUUCACUGAUUUCAAUCGAUUCGGAUUUUACAAAAAAUAUUGUUGACCGAAUACUAGAUCAAGCAGAUCUUAGCGAAGAAGCCGCCAUCGAAAUAAUGUUGUCCAAUAUUGAUUUGAGUGUUGAGCCUACUUCUGAAAGCGCUGAAUCCCUACCGCCGGAGGCAACUAUCUCAGAGCUGUUUUGCUUGGAAAAAUCGGAAUCGGCAAUCAACAUCUUAGCUAACGGAAUCGCUAUCAAAUACAUUCGAGCGACUGAAAGAGAUUUCCAUCAAUAAAUUAUUCUUUCAUUUCAAAUUUGAUAUACCUAGUAAAAAUAGUAAAAAAAAUAUAGCUGUGCCUCAGGAUUAGAUUUAAAGAAUUGUUAAUUCCACCUUAAGUCGUAUCUGUAUCUCAAAAAUAAUAUUCACGAUUUAGUCUGUCCUAGCCAUGUCAAGACCUUGGUAAUCUUUAGCAAG